GAAAACGAAAAAGCCGCAUAUGACCACUUUUAACGGCGGUGCAUAUGACGCAUGGCAUCUUUCCUCAACGGCUCUUUCCCUCGAUGAUGUCUCUCGUGGAGGCCAUGCCAUAACAAAUGCCUACAAGAUGACCACAAUUAGUCAUUGGAUGUCUAUGAAGCACACGCUGGAACCAAGGUCGUCACAUAGAUAAGCGACUCCGUAGUGGAAAAAGAAACCAACAACCCUGUUCCGGUGGAGGCCCCGUUAAAGGUGCCAUCAUCUCUUAGCAAAGUCAGCAAGUUCUGUGCAUGUUAGCGCAUUCAAAGUAUGGACGAGGGACGGAGAGGGUGGUGGUACUAUUAAUUCCCAUAUAAACACCCAGUGAUAUCAUGACGAGCCGGCCUAUGGCUGAAUAAUUGAAAAAAGCUUCCAAGUUUAGAAAACUUUCCUCUCUUUCUUCAUCCCAAAUAAGUCAGGCCAUAUAGCAUGUCUAGAAGGAUGAAGGCCACCAAGUCAAAGGAAUCCUCGCUGGAGGUUAAAUCGUGGGAUGCCGAUAUCGAGGCCCACGCAACGUCAACGUCAACAAAUGCCAAAGAUGAGAUCGUCCAACAUGACGUUGAAGACGGUAACGUUAAGGAAACUCAUGUCAAGAGAGCCCUGAAGCCUCGUCACAUCUCCAUGAUUGCCCUGGGUGGUACUAUAGGGACAGGUUUGUUCAUCAAUUUGGGAGAGCCCAUCUCCCUUGCAGGGCCUGUUGGUGCACUGAUUGCCUACUUGUUCAUGGGCUCGCUGGUGUACUUUGUCACACAGUCUUUGGGUGAAAUGGCAACGUUCAUCCCGGUGACGUCGUCGUUCACAGUGUUCAACGCGAGAUUCUUGAGUCCUUCGCUGGGAGUGGCCAAUGGUUACAUGUACUGGUUUAACUGGGCAACCACGUUUGCCGUGGAGUUGAGUGUUGUUGGCCAAGUCAUCGAUUACUGGACAGAGUCCGUCCCACUAGCAGUUUGGAUAACUAUCUUUUGGAUCAUCAUCACCGUCAUAAACUUCUUCCCCGUCAAGUUCUACGGUGAGAUUGAAUUCUGGGUGGCUUCUAUAAAAGUCAUCGCCAUUAUUGGAUUCAACCUAUAUGCUCUAGUUAUAGUGUGUGGUGGCUCCUCCCAGGGCCCAAUCGGCUUCAGAUACUGGAGAAACCCUGGUGCCUGGGGUCCAGGCUCUUUUUACCCGGGAACAGGCAAGGGCCGUUUCCUAGGCUGGGUUUCCUCACUCAUCAACGCUGCAUUCACUUACCAAGGUACUGAGCUCGUUGGUAUUUCUGCUGGUGAGGCAAAGAACCCAAGAAGAGCAGUGCCAAAGGCCAUCAACAAGGUGUUCUUCAGAAUCCUGCUCUUUUACAUCCUAUCCUUGUUCUUUGUGGGAAUGUUGGUGCCAUAUAACGACCCAAGAAUCAGCAGCUCAACAUCCUUCAUCUCAUCAUCACCUUUCAUCAUUGCUAUCCAAAAUGCAAACACCAAGGUGCUUCCACACAUCUUCAACGCUGUCAUUCUAAUGACCGUUAUCUCUGCAGCCAACUCAAACGUUUACGUGGGCUCGAGAAUCCUGUAUGGACUGGCUGUUGCUAAGAACGCACCAAGAAUCUUCACCUUCUGUACAAAGCAAGGUGUUCCUUACUAUGGAGUCAUUGCAACCUCAAUUAUGGGUGCUUUGGCGUACUUGACAUGUGCUGAAACAGCAUCACAAGGUUUCACAUGGCUGCUGAACAUUUGCACAGUGGCUGGUCUGUUUGCCUGGGUCUCCAUCUCUCUAUGCCAUAUAAGAUUCAUGCAAACGUUGAAACAUAGAGGGAUGUCCCGUGAUGAACUACCAUUCAAAGCACACUUCAUGCCAUGGGGUGCUUACUACGCUGCUUUCUUCGUCACUCUGAUCAUCAUAUUCCAAGGUUAUGGUGUAUUCUUCGACUUCACGGCUUCAGACUUCCUAGCCUCCUACAUCUCCGUGUUCAUCAUGAUUGCCAUAUGGAUUGUGUGUCAGAUUGUCAUCAAGGGUCCUCUUCUCUUGUCAUUGGACGAGGUUGAUAUAGAUACGGAUAGACGUGAGAUUGAUGCUAUUGUUUGGGAAGAAGAGGAACCAAAGAACCUUUGGGAGAAAAUGUGGUUAUACCUGGCUUGAAGGACAUUGCAUGAUUUAGCCUUGUAACAGUAUGUACUUUUAUGAAUAUAAUGACUCUUUGAAACGGUUUUGAUGGUA